AUGUCACUCACCACGAGAAAUACGAAAAUUGAAACCUUGGCUUGGAUAACUGAUGAUGAAGCUGAAUUUUGGACGAGUACAACACCUAUAGAAACAAAGAAAACAUUUCAUUAUUUUUCAACAUCAAAAAAAAAUUCUUCUUCAGAUGAUCUUCAUUAUAAAACAAAUAAACAAUUAAAUUCUCAAAUUGAAGAUCCUUUGUCAUUAUCAUAUAAACAACUAAUUGAAAAACAAGCAAAAGAAGUAUCAGAAAAUGCUGAAAAAACAAAAAUUUUCGAAAAAUUUCAAUUAGAAGAAAAUGGUCCUGAAAUAAAUAUGGGCUUUCUUGAUCGAUUAUUUCAUUCAUCAAGUAAACCACCAAUUUCAGAAAAAGAUUAUUUAGAUGAUGAAGUUUUUACAGAAAUUGAUGAAAGUGAAAUAAUGGCUGUAAUCAAUAAUAAUGCAGAUAUUGAUGUAUCAUCCAAUGUUGAAAAUAAAUCUACGGAUAAUAUUCCAUUUAUAAAUGAUCUUAAAUCAUUUAUUGAUGAAUUAGGUGAAGAAAAAGAUGUUAUUAUGGGAACAAUUGAUGAAGAAACAUUAUUUAAUCGAAGAAGUCGAAAAACGAAAUCUUUAGCUGCACCACCAAUCAAAAACGAUGAUAUAUCAUUUAGUCGAACAUCUUAUUAA